AUGGCCCCGUCACUGCAGGGCCAUAUUGGCUUCAUCAACACCUUGGAGUUGGUGGAGCCCAAUAGUCUUGAGACAGUCCAACUCGUCUGGCAGGAGAUAGUGACAGAGUGGUUUCCUGGUCGAGAAGGCUACAGGUGGUCCUUCAAAGGGCCAUUGCCUGUCAACAACAAUAUCCCCGACGUUACCGUCAUCCAAAUCCGGGCGAUAACUCCAGAUCCUCUGACUUCGAGAGAAUGGAAUGAACGCCAAAUCUUGCUCAUUAAAUGCAAACGCCCAUCCAAAGAUACUCCUACCAUCUGGGAUGACACCGUCAAUGCCCAGUUCCACGAUGAUCUCGUGCAGACUUUGAACGCUUCCGAGAAAUUGUUCGGAGCCGUCGCUAUUGGCAAGAAAGUGAGGUUCUAUCCAUUCGACGGAAAGGCACCAAUCCAUCAACAACUGGUUCAGCUCCAUCAGGGAACCAUCGACAUGGCAACCGCGAGUGGUGUCACACAGGUCGAGAAUAUGAUGAACUACAUCAAGGCAAACGCAUGGCAAUGGGCUAGGACUUAG